ACAACUGAACCAGCCACAACAUCACUGGCAUCAACACCUACCACUCCAUCAACAACUGCACUAUCAUCUACCACUCCAUCAACAACAACUGUACCAACAAAAACCACUCCAUCAACAACAACUGCACCAGCCAUUACAUCAACAGCACCAACAUCUACCACUACCUCAACAACAACUGCAGCAACAUCAACCACUCCAUCAACAACUAUAACACCAGUCACAACAUCAUUGGCAUCAACAUUUACCACUCCAUCAACAUCAACAUCUACCACUUCAUCAACAACAUCUGCACCAACAUCAACCACCCCAUCAACAACAACUGUACCAACAUCAACCACUCCAUCAACAACAAAUGCACCAACAUCUACCACUCCAUCAACAACAACUGCAACAACAUCUACCACUCCAUCAGCAACAACUGCACCAACAACAACUACUCCAUCAACAAAAACUGCACCAGCAAUUGGGUCAUCAACAACAACUGCACCAACAUCUACCACUCCAUCAACAACAACUGCACCAACAACAACCAAUCCAUCAACAACAACUGCACCAGCCAUUACAUCAACAGCACCAACAUCAACCACUCCAUCAACAACAACUGCACCAACAUCUACAACUCCAUCAACAACAACUGCACCAGCCACAACAUCACUGGCAUCAACACCUACCACUCCAUCAACAACUACUCCAUCAACAGCAACAACAUCUACCACUCCAUCAACAACAACUGCACCAACAUCAACCACGCUAUCAACAACAACUGCACCAACAUCUACCACUCCAUCAACAACUACUGCACAAACCACAAUCACUCCAUCAACAACAACUGCACCAACAUCAACCACUCUAUCAACAACAACUGCACCAACAUCUACCACUCCAUCAACAACCACGACAUCAUUGGCAUCAACAUCUACCACUCAAUCAACAACAACUGAACCAACAUCUACCACUCCAUCAACAACAAUUGCACAAACAACAACCACUCCAUCAACAACAACUGCAUCAGCCAUUACAUCAACAGCACCAACAUCUACCACUCCAUCAACAACAAUUGUACCAACAUCAACCACUCCAUCAACAACAAAUGCACCAACAUCUACCACUCCAUCAACAACAACUGCACCAACAUCUACCACUCCAUCAGCAACAACUGCACCAACAACAACCAAUCCAUCAACAACAACUGCACCAGCCAUUACAUCAACAGCACCAACAUCAACUACUCCAUCAACAAAAACUGCACCAGCCAUUGGGUCAUCAACAACAACUGCACCAACAUCUACCACUCCAUCAACAACAACUGCACCAACAACAACCAAUCCAUCAACAACAACUGCACCAGCCAUUACAUCAACAGCACCAACAUCAACCACUCCAUCAACAACAACUGCACCAACAUCUACCACUCCAUCAACAACAACUGCACCAGCCACAACAUCACUGGCAUCAAAACCUACCACUCCAUCAACAACUGUAGCAACAUCAACAACUCCAUCAACAACAACUGCACCAGCCACAACAUCAACGGCACCAACAUCAACCACUCAAUCAACAACAACUGCAAAAACAUCUACAACUCCAUCAACAACUAUAACACCACUCACAACAUCAACGGCAUCAACAUCAACUGCACCAACAUCUACCACUCCAUCAACAACAACUGCACCAACAACAACCACUCCCACUCUAUCAACAACAACUGCAAAAACAUCUACAACUCCAUCAACAACUAUAACACCAGUCACAACAUCAACCACUCCAUCAACAACAACUGCACCAACAUCUACCACUCCAUCAACAACGACUGCACCAACAACAACCACUCCAUCAACAACAACUGCACCAGCCAUAACAUCAACGGCACCAACAUCAACCACUCUAUCAACAACAACUGCAAAAACAUCUACAACUCCAUCAACAACUAAAACAACAGUCACAACAUCAACCACUCCAUCAACACACCAUCAACAACUCAUCAACAACUCCAUCAACAACAACUGCACCAGCCAUAACAUCAACGGCACCAACAUCAACCACUCCAUCAACAACAACUGCACCAGUCAUUACAUCAACAGCACCAUCAACAACUUAUCAACAACUCAACAGCACCAUCAACAACUCAUCAACAACUCCAUCAACAACAACUGCACCAGCCAUAACAUCAACGCCAUUGGGUCAUCAACAACAACUGCACCAACAUCUACCGCUCCAUCAACAACAACUGCACCAACAACAACCACUCCAUCAACAACAACUGCACCAGCCAUUACAUCAACAGCACCAACAUCAACCACUCCAUCAACAACAACUGCACCAACAUCUACCACUCCAUCAACAACAACUGCACCAGCCACAACAUCACUGGCAUCAACACCUACCAAUCCAUCAACAACUGCAGCAACAUCAACAACUACAUCAACAACAACUGCAACAGACAUAACAUCAUCAGCACCAACAUCUACCACUCCAUCUACAACAACUGCACCAACAUCAACCACUCUAUCAAUAACAACUGCACCAACCUCUACAACUCCAUCAAUAACUAAAACACCAGUCACAACAUCGACAGCACCAACAUCAACCACUCCAUCACCAACUACUGCACCAACAUUUGUCACCCUACCAACAACUGGUGCAACAACUUCAACAUCACCUGCACCAACAUCUAGCACUUUGUCAACAACUGCACCAGCCACGACAUCAUUGGCAUCAACAUCUACCACUCAAUCAACAACAACUGAACCAACAUCUACCACUCCAUCAACAACAAUUGCACAAACAAUAACCACUCCAUCAACAACAACUGCAUCAGCCAUUACAUCAACAGCACCAACAUCUACCACUCCAUCAACAACAACUGUACCAACAUCAACCACUCCAUCAACAACAAAUGCACCAACAUCUACCACUCCAUCAACAACAACUGCACCAACAUCUACCACUCCAUCAGCAACAACUGCACCAACAACAACUACUCCAUCAACAAAAACUGCACCAGCCAUUGGGUCAUCAACAACAACUGCACCAACAUCUACCACUCCAUCAACAACAACUGCACCAACAACAACCAAUCCAUCAACAACAACUGCACCAGCCAUUACAUCAACAGCACCAACAUCAACCACUCCAUCAACAACAACUGCACCAACAUCUACCACUCCAUCAACAACAACUGCACCAGCCACAACAUCACUGGCAUCAAAACCUACCACUCCAUCAACAACUGUAGCAACAUCAACAACUCCAUCAACAACAACUGCACCAGCCAUAACAUCAACGGCACCAACAUCAACCACUCAAUCAUCAACAACUGCAAAAACAUCUACAACUCCAUCAACAACUAUAACACCACUCACAACAUCAACGGCAUCAACAUCAACUGCACCAACAUCUACCACUCCAUCAACAACAACUGCACCAACAACAACCACUCCAUCAAAAACAACUGUACCAACAUCAACCACUCCAUCAACUCCAAAUGCACCAACAUCUACCACUCCAUCAACAACAACUGCACCAACAUCUACCACUCCAUCAGCAACAACUGCACCAACAACAACUACUCCAUCAACAAAAACUGCACCAGCCAUUGGGUCAUCAACAACAACUGCACCAACAUCUACCACUCCAUUAACAACAACUGCACCAACAACAACCAAUCCAUCAACAACAACUGCACCAGCCAUUACAUCAACAGCACCAACAUCAACCACUCCAUCAACAACAACUGCACCAACAUCUACCACUCCAUCAACAACAACUGCACCAGCCACAACAUCACUGGCAUCAAAACCUACCACUCCAUCAACAACUGUAGCAACAUCAACAACAACUGCACCAGCCACAACAUCAACGGCACCAACAUCAACCACUCAAUCAACAACAACUGCAAAAACAUCUACAACUCCAUCAACAACUAUAACACCACUCACAACAUCAACGGCAUCAACAUCAACUGCACCAACAUCUACCACUCCAUCAACAACAACUGCACCAACAACAACCACUCCAUCAACAACAACUGCACCAACAACAACCACUCCAUCAACAACAACUGCACCAGUCAUUACAUCAACAGCACCAAUAUCAACCAUUACAUCAACAACUCCAUCAACAACAACUGCACCAACCAUAACAUCAACGGCACCAACAUCAACCACUCUAUCAACAACAACUGCAAAAACAUCUACAACUCCAUCAACAACUAUAACACCACACCAUCAACAACUCAUCAGCAACUCCAUCAACAACAACUGCACCAGCCAUAACAUCAACGGCACCAACAUCAACCACUCUAUCAACAACAACUGCAAAAACAUCUGCAACUCCAUCAACAACUAUAACACCAGUCACCACAUCAACGGCAUCAACAUCUGCCACUCCAUCAACAACAACUGUACCAACAUCAACCCUUUUGUCAACAACAGUUGCACCACCCACAACAUCAUUGGCAUCAACAUCUACCACUCCACCAAUAACAACUGUCCCAACAUCUACCACUCCAUCAACAACAACUGCACCAGCCACAACAUCACUGGCAUCAAAACCUACCACUCCAUCAACAACUGUAGCAACAUCAACAACUCCAUCAACAACAACUGCACCAGCCAUAACAUCAACGCACCAUCAACAACUCAUCAUCAACUCCAUCAACAACAACUGCACCAGCCAUAA